AUGGAGAAGAAGUUGAAAUCGGUUCAACUGAAAAGGCAUCAAGCGGUCGAAUUGGUGAAAAGUAUCGAACAGUUUACGAUCGGCUACAUCGAGGAAAAUGCCAGUGAAACACCAGUGUGCUUGGAACAACUAGAAAGGUGUUAUGAGGACUUCCUACAUGCAAAUGCGAAAGUGAUGGAACUCGAUGAGGAGGCCACAGAUGCGAGUGUAAGUGAGCGGUCUGAUAUGGAUGCACGGUAUCGUCGCGUUAAGGGCUUUCUUCUACGAAAGCAACCACCUCCUACGGCCGCGCAAAAUAUGUCGAAUGAGUCGAUGCUAUUAGCGCGCUCGACACUCAAUAUUUCGGGACGAUCAGGUGCAGUGAAUUUGCGGCUUCCAAAAAUCGAAUUGUCUACGUUCGAUGGCGAUUUCACCAAGUGGUUAACGUUCCGCGACCGAUUUGUGGCAAUGAUCGACAGUGCCAGUGAGAUACCGAAUAUAAUGAAGCUGCAGUAUCUGCUGUCCUCCUUGAAGGACGAGGUUGGUUUGCUUUUCGAGCACACCACGUUGACAGCAGACAAUUACGAGGUGACGUGGGCUGCCUUGCUGAAGCGGUACGACAAUCCGCGUACGCUGAUCCGGGAGUACUAUCGGAAGAUUCAGCUCGGACCUGCCGGCAGUGAGCUGUGA